UUGGGGACGGAAGCUUCAACUCGUUGUGUUUCUACGCAACGAGCUGAAGGUUCUGGUGAACGCGGAGGGUCGCGCUCCUUCCGCUCGGCGCGUUAUCUCAUAAACAUCGGAAGGGUUGAAAAACAACAGGACGUGACGUACGAGGACAACAACGUCUCGUCCCCGAGUGUCUCUGCAGCGUCUCGUCCCCGGGUUCCUCACAGGGGUUUAGAGUGUCUCUGCAGCGUCUCGUCCCCGGGGCCCUCACAGGGGUUUAGAGUGUCUCUGCAGCGUCUCGUCCCCGGGGCCCUCACAGGGGUUUAGAGUGUCUCUGCAGGAGUCAAGGUCAGCCGGAGGAGGAGGAGAGUGGCCGAGGGCCCUCAGGGGGAAACUUUGAUUCAGAUUGUCAACUUCUGCCGCCCACACUGAACCUGGAUCAGUUCCUUCCUUUUCUUCUUCACCCGACAGACUGAGAAGACGUCCGACAAACCAACGUUCAGCCAUAAACCCUAGAGCGGUGGGUCUUUGCAGAAAGAGGGGCGCCUCCCAUGGGAGUGUGUGACCGCGAGUGCGCAUGUUCACACGGGACAGGGCCGGCAUGGCGGGCGCCCGCACGCAGAGGCCGUGGUCGGUGUACCGGGAAAGCACGUUGGAGCUGUCCAGCGAGAUGAUCAGCUUGGCUCUGGCAGGAAACAGUCAGGACCCGGACGCGCCCGUGCUGGAGUUUAGUGUGGCCUGCGCCGACCUGCUGACCCCCGCGAUGGAUCGCAAACCCAACAGCUUCGUCGCAGUGAGCUGCACGACGCCGCCGCAGGCCUUCUGGACCAAACACGCCCAGACGGAAGUCAUCGAGGGCACCAGCAACCCCACCUUCCUCAGCAGCAUCGCCUUCUUCCAGGAGUCCAACAUCGACCAGCAGACGCAGGUGAAGGUGGUCGUCUACGACGUGAAGGACCGCUCGCAGGGCACGAUGUACAUGUUGGGCUCGGCACUAUUUCCUGUGAAAGAGUUGUUGCAAGAGAGGAGCCACCAAUUACAGCUCGAACUGAGAUCGGCAGAGAACCAGCGGGUGGGGAACAUCACCGUCGCUGCCUGGCAGAUGGAGGAGAGAGCCGAUCAGAGGACGCCGGUCGGACGCCUGCCGGACAACAUCGGCGGGCGGACGGUGCUGCCCGUCGACGAGAGCCUCACCGAAUCCAUGGGAGUCCGGAUAAAGUACGGCUCGUUGUGCAGAGACACCCUGCUGCGCUCAGUGUUCGGGGGCACGAUGUACAGGAUGUACCGCCUCCCGACCACCGAGGGGAACCACCUGCGGGUGCUGGAGCAGAUGGCCGAGAGCGUCCUCUCGCUCCACGUCCCCAGGCAGUUUGUCAAGCUGCUGCUGGAGGAGGACGCCGCCAGGGUGUGCGAGCUGGAGGAGCUGGGAGAGCUUUCCCCCUGCUGGGAGGGCCUGAGGCGACAAAUCGUGUCCCAGUACCAGACCAUCAUACUCGCGUGCCAGGAAAGCGUGUCGGACCUCAACGCCUACCGAGGUCCGUUGUUCAAAGCCAGCAGCCUGAAGGCGGAGAGGAAGCUGGAGUUCAUGCCCACCAACCUCCACGUGCAGAGGAUGAGGGUGCGGGACGAGCUGGGCCUCGAGCACACGUACGACGUGGUCACUGUCGGAGCUCCGGCGGCGCACUGCCGGGGCUUUAAGAACGGCGGAUUGAGGAAACUCAUUCAGAAGUUCAAGGAGGCAAAGAAACACGUGUGUGAGGAGGAACGCAGCGCGCUCUCCAGCUCGCAGUCCAUCGUCUUCAUACCUCAGGACAUCGUCCGCGCCAAAGAGAUCAUCGCCCACAUCAACACGCUGAAGACUCAGGUCGGCUACUACGCCGAGCGCCUCUCCCGCGCCGCCAAGGACCGCUCCGCCAGCGGACUGGAGAGGACGCUCGCCAUCCUGGCUGAUAAGACCCGCCAGCUGGUGACCGUGUGCGACAGCAAGCUGCUGGCCUCGGCCAUCCAGGCCCUGAACGCAGCGCGGCCCGAGUACAUCGCCUCCAAGGCGUCUCCCUCCGCCGACUCGGAGCAAGUAGUCCUGCGCAACGACCAGGACACGCUGCUCGCCAAGUGGAGCGGCUCCAGCAGCCGGUCCUCGCUGCACGUGGACUGGCACGAGGAGGAGUGGGAGAAGGUUUGGGUGAAUGUGGAUAAGUGUCUGGAGUGCAUCAUCCAGCGUGUGGACAAGCUGCUUCAGAAGGAGAGGAGGCCCAGCCUCGUCAGGCACGACAGCGCCCACUCCGGCCUGCAGGGCGGCGCCAGUCAGAAAGGUGAAGAAAAAAGAGCUUUCUGGAUCAAUCCAGGAAGUACACCCCAGGAUUCUCCAUCACUACGACCACCAUCAUCAUCAUCAUCAUGCCUGCCUCCACCCUCCUCUUCCUCUCUGCCCGCCCUCGCCUCUGCACAGGAAUCCUAUGGAAGCCCCGGUGCUGAGGAGGCGUAUCCAGGCGAGUGGAGCGAGGCCUUGUACCCCCUCCUCACCACGCUCACGGAGUGCGUCGCCAUGAUGAGCGACAAGGCCAAGAAGUCCAUGGUGUUCCUGCUGAUGCAGGACAGCGCCCCGACGAUAGCCAUGGACCUGUCGCUGCAGUGCCGCCGCGACGUCGUCUUCUGCCAGACGCUCACCGCUCUCAUCUGCGGCUUCAUCAUCAAACUGAGGAAUUGUCUCCGUGACAACGGAUUCCUCCGGCAGCUGUACACCAUCGGCCUGCUGGCGCAGUUUGAGUCCCUGCUCAGCACUUAUGGAGAGGAGCUGGCCAUGUUGGAGGACAUGAGUGUCGGCAUCAUGGAUCUCCGCAAUGUCACCUUUAAGGUGACCCAGGCCACCGGAAGCUCCGCCCCCGACAUGUUGCCCAUCAUCACGGGGAACCGGGACGGCUUCAACGUCCGCAUCCCGCUGCCAGGGGCCAUGUUCGACGCGUUGCCGCGGGAGAUCCAGAGCGGCAUGCUGCUGAGGGUGCAGCCGGUGCACUUCAACGUGGGCAUCAACGAGCAGCAGACGCUGGCUGAGAAGUUCGGAGACACGUCCCUGCAGGAGGUCAUCAACCUGGAGAGUCUCUCCAGGUUAAAUUCGUACUACGAACAGUUCAAGGAAGUCCUGCCUGAAGACUGCCUCCCGAGGUCUCGUUCUCAGACGUGUCUCCCCGAGCUGCUGAGAUUUCUGGGCCAGAACGUCCACGCCAGGAAAAACAAGAACGUGGACAUCCUGUGGCAGGCGGCCGAGAUCUGCCGCCGGCUCAACGGCGUUCGAUUCACCAGCUGCAAAAGCGCCAAAGACCGCACGGCCAUGUCGGUGACGCUGGAGCAGUGCCUGAUCCUGCAGCACGAGCACGGCAUGGCGCCGCAGGUCUUCACGCAGGCCCUCGACUGUAUGCGCAGAGUUGGCACGAGGGAGGGGGUGAUCCAGAAGAACCUGAGCGGCUUGCUGCCGGUGCGAGACCUCCGGCUGGACCCGGGCCUCCUGUACUCGCUGCCCCUGCUGGCCCUCAGCCCCAACCUCCUGGUGGUGUGGAUCUUCCUCAGCGUGGCCUACUUCCUGGCCAAACUCCGCUGCAGCUGAAGGGGCCACGGGCGGCUCUCCACGCUGCUACUGUGCGGCAUGUACAUACUGUCCCACCCGGACUCUGGCUUUCACGUAGCGGCGCCCCGUGCGUUAACCGCAAAGCUCCAGCGAGUUUGCGUUUUGUUUAAGGGCGCUUCCUUUUUCUUGCGAGCUGCCAAAAAAUAAUAAUAUCACGGGUUUGCUUUUGUGAGACGGCGGAUGUGGCCAGAAGCUCGAGGGCCGAACCCGUGUGUUGCCGUUUAAAGUGAGUGAGACUCGCUCUUCACAGCAUUCGGGUGCCUGUGUAGAUUCGACAAGCCGCUUUAUAUUUCAUGCAGUGGUUUCCCAGGCGCUUCUCCAGGCGAGUCCAGGACGGCUCUUAACGAAGGUUAGAACAGGUAAAAGUAGACGCAUUUAGGAUGUAUAAAGAUGGGGUCAAAGGUGAAUUGGCCUCUAUGGUGUGCGUGCUGCAUAGCGCCCUCUGAUGGACAAAUAUGCAGGUGUCUUGACGGUAACUUUUAGAAUAGAAAUCUUUGUUUGUGCAGUUUGUUUGGCUGUAGUAGCGGGGAAACUCUCUUAAUCUGUGCCAAAAUGAAGUAACUAUAUGUAUUUAUUUACAUUUGUACAUAUUUCUAUGCAGUACUUGCUGAUUUUCUUCCUUUAAGUCUUCCUGCUUCUCUAGACAGAACGAGGUGUUUGACCUCUUCAUGCACUUUCCAGCUGACCUCGGGUCACUUCUUACCAAUAUCUCCAUUUAGACUCAAAUGCCUCAUUUCAGUUAACUGUGUGUUUACUUCUAUUUCGUGGGAUUAAAUGUUUGGUAUUCUUUGCGUACCUUGUGCAUUAGCACGACAUGCCGGGCCUUUCGUUGCAUUUCCCUGCGUAGCAGAAACAAAGUCGUCCGAUGGGCUGAUGCUGGAACGCAGCUCCGUAGGAUAUUCGGGGGAGUGUGUUUGUUUGUGCACAGCGGUGCCGUCGGUUCUGUUCACGAGGACCCGUUUACAUUCAUUCAGACGUGAACUACAAGUUGCAGCUUCAGCAGUUUGUUUCAGCUUUAAAGCGUCGCGUGAAGGAGCCGAUGAGCGGAUGGGGAUUGUGUGCCAAAUGCUUUGUGAGCUUGUUGGAAGUGGUCGUUUGAUGGUCAUAGCUUUCUUUGCACGUUAGAAACCUGCUCAGUGGAGAUCGAUCUCUUCCUCUGUGAGUUUGCAGGCUCCAUCUCAUUAACAUCGACCCAGUAAGGAAAGGGAGCAGACCCAGAAUAGCCUCCCGUGGGAGUGAUGGCUGCUCCGGUGACCCUCUGUACUCGAAUGCGAGUGUGUGAGGAUCCGGGAGGGAUUAAAUAUCUCUCGGCAUACUUUCCUGUGCUUGUUUUUGUAUUUGUCGCCUGGUAGAAGCACACGUGUGUUGUAAAUUCCCACUUUGUGUAUCUUCAGCGCUUCAACCUGAAAGGUAGCUAAAAUGUAAAACCCUUUGAUUUAACUUGUCACUCCCUGUGUUUUAACUUUAUUUCCAGUUAAGGACUACCUCUGUGAGACGGAAGCUAUAGAGUUGAUAUCAAAGAAGUAUAUAUUCAUUUAUAAAUGCAUUUAGCAGAGAAAUGUGUAGUGAUAUAAUCACUGAGCAGCAGGGAUGUGAUUAUUUAAAUGAUUAAUAUCACAAUUAUUUUGUCACACUUGUGUGUAGUUCCACUAAAGUGCUUCCUUCGUUUGAACGCUGAGUCAUUGACCUUCUUUGUCUUUGUUUUAUUCUGAAGAAUCCAGAUGUAUCAGAGAAUAUAUUUGCAUUGCUGCACAUAAAUCGUAUUUAUGUAUUGCCAAGACGUUUGCUCCAUGUUGUCUUAAAUUAUUCCAAAGCAGAUUAUCUAUAAUCUACAAUAUUAUCACGCUUGUGCUGCUGUCACUUUAUAUUUAAAAUGCAAGUUUAUUUUGGUUUGUUCAAUUUGUACAACCAGCUGGCAUGAUGACAAUUUGCACUUUUGCUCUGAGCCCCGAUAUAAGGGAUGUUUAAAACAUAAGUUAUAUUGUGUGAACAUGCCAUUUAUGAUGGUAAUAACCUGUAACAAUAACUGUGUUAGUUACCAAAUGACGUGUUUCUCCGUUAUCAUCUCCCACUCCGAAUGUGUUGAGUUUCUAUGGGUAUAUUUCAAAAGUGACAGAUGAUGAUGAUGAUAGAGUUGAUGCUCUAAAUGUACAAUGAAGCCCAGAAGCCCUCCAGUCGCAGUGUCCCUGAACGCCCCAUCCCUGCUGUAAACAAUAAUUGAUAUUAUUAAACAACAAACGCCCCGUGCAUCUCCUCCUGCA